GCAAAUAAAGAAAACGGAUCGGUGCAGAUAACUGCAAACUCACCUGCUUCACUCGCGCGCUUUAUCUGACUGUGAUACAAAACCGUGGUGAUCGCAACCUCAACUUUUGGUGCACUCUUUAAUUCUACAUCCUCAACAGAUUGGCCAAGAAACCCCAGAAGACACACCAAACCGAGCAUGACUUCCCAAUGAACCGCGAUGACGAAGCCAAAGAAGGAACUGCCUCCCAACAAGCCAAACGAGCAGCAGAGCUGCUUCGGUCGUAUUAAGAUGUACUACAAACACAUCGCCCACAACGAUGCGUCUCUUCAAGAUCGGCGUCCCUUGAUAGUCGACUUGGUCAUGUCCAACUUUGCGCUCAUGCUCAUAAUCAAUGUGCAGCUACUGUUCUGGAAGUUUAUCGCAUCCGUCAUCCUCCUUUGCCGCAAUACUGUUGUCUCCGGGUUCUUCCUUCUUCUCACCACGAUCUCCCAUACUAACGAUAUACAGGAGUCUCUCAGAUUCAGACACUUCGGUCGACUGUCAACAUGGGAAGUCCCAUCAUGA